AUGCCAAUCACCGAGGAGGUACUCGAGGGUACAACUAUUGGUCGCGCGAUCAACAACGCGUCCGAGCAGAGGCUACGCGCAGUUCUCAAAUCCAUCUGCGCGAAAAAUGAUGAGGCUCGCAAAGAAGCCGAGAGCCAAAUGCUGGUAGUGGCUACCGAGACCGAAGAGAGCUCUGACAGCAAUAAGAGAGCAGUACCGCGCUACGCGUUUUGCGCCAAUUGCAAGAAGGAAUUUGAUGUUACCACCAAUACGGAGGAAAACUGUCGAUAUCACCCCAAGGACAACGAGCCCACUGGCGAAGAUCUUUACGUGGACAAUUAUGAUGAGUUUGAGGUGGACACCGAGGAAAUGCGCGAGGAUUUCCCACACUGCUUCACCUUCCCGUGCUGUGAUGAAAAUCUCGAAGAUAACCCCCAUGGGUGUGUGACCGACUUCCAUCGAGAACAGUAUCCCCAGGACAAGCCAUCGAAAAGGUCGAAAGCGAUUUGA